AUGCUUUACUCUCUCAAAUGCUUGAAAACAGUACCGAAAUUGAUGAUGUGGCGAUGGUUUGCUUGUCCAGUGCAUGUGCCUAGAUGCGGGGAGUCGGGGCCAUGGGCGUGUGGUGAAGAUGGUUUCAAAGGGAGAGUGCUAGUGGAUAUGUAUGCGACGUCUGAGAUGAAGGAGAAGAGUGUGGUGUCAUGGACAGUUGUUUUAGAUGGGGUGUUGAAGUGGGAGGAUGUAGCUUGUGCACAGUCCAGAGACGUGGUGAUGGGCAGAUGGGUUCAUGCUUAUGGCUUGAAGACAAUCGAGAUGGAGAUGGAUAUCAUGGUGGAAACUGCCAUGCCGGAUAUGUUUGCAAAAUGUGGGAGGGUAGAUACUGAAAUCAAAGUUUUCAAGUGCAUGCCACGAAGGUCAUGGAAUGCUAUGAUUAGUGGAUUAGCUAUGCAUGGACGAGGUGGUGCUGUGGUCGAAAUGUUCCAGCAGUUGAUUAAGGAAGUCAGGGCGGAUGAUUUAACCCUUCUUGCUGUUCUAAGAGCCUGCAGUCAUUCUGGCAUGAUAGGUCAAGGAUCUUAUUAUUUUGAUAGUCAUAAUGUGUAUGCAUUGGCAGGGAAGCAAGACAAAGCGAAUGCUCUUCGGAAAGCUUGA